GUCACGCAUGGUUGGGCCUGCUCCAGUCACGUGUUAGUGGGCGGGGCCUCGCGGGUAAAUAGGGCGGCCGGCAGCUGGGCUCGUUCGGCUUCCUUGGGCUCAGCUCGGUUCGGCCCUGCGCCCUCGUGGCCACGGCCCAGGCUCUGGCGCUGCUCGGUGGGUCCUCUGCCCAGCUUCAGGAUGUGGCAGUCCUUGGCCUCUCUCUACCUCCUGUUGGCACUGACCAGCGCCUAUAAUGCACCAUGGUUCCACCCGCUGUCUGACGAGCUGGUCAACUAUGUCAAUAAGCUGAACACAACGUGGCAGGCUGGACGCAACUUUCACAAUGUGGACAUCAGCUACGUGAAGAGACUGUGCGGCACCUACCUGGGUGGGCCCAGGCUGCCCCAGAGGGUUCAGUUUGCUGAGGACCUGGAUCUGCCUGAGAGCUUUGAUGCCCGGGAGCAGUGGCCCAACUGUCCAACCAUCAAAGAGAUCAGAGACCAGGGCUCCUGUGGUUCCUGCUGGGCGUUUGGGGCCGUAGAGGCCAUGUCAGACCGGCUGUGUAUCCACACCAAUGGGCACGUCAAUGUGGAAGUGUCUGCCGAGGACCUGCUCAGCUGCUGUGGGCCCCUGUGUGGGGAGGGCUGUAACGGUGGCUAUCCCACUGAAGCAUGGAAGUACUGGACAAGAAAAGGCCUGGUUUCUGGUGGCCUGUAUGGCUCCCAUGUGGGCUGCAGGCCCUACUCUAUCCCUCCCUGCGAGCACCAUGUGAACGGCACACGGCCCAAGUGCACGGGGGAGGGUGGCGACACCCCCAAGUGCAGCAAGACCUGUGAGCCCGGCUACUCCCCAUCCUACAAGGAGGACAAGUACUAUGGUUACAGUUCCUACAGCGUCCCCAGUACUGAGAAGGAGAUCAUGGCGGAGAUCUACAAAAACGGCCCAGUGGAGGCCGCCUUCAGCGUGUUCUCAGACUUCUUGACCUACAAGUCAGGAGUGUACAAGCAUGUAGCUGGAGAGGUGCUGGGAGGCCAUGCCAUCCGCAUUCUGGGCUGGGGAAAGGAGAACGGUGUCCCCUACUGGCUGGUGGGCAACUCCUGGAAUGUCGACUGGGGUGACAAUGGCUUCUUUAAGAUCCUCAGAGGAGAGGAUCACUGCGGAAUUGAGUCAGAAGUGGUGGCCGGAAUCCCGCGCACCGAUCAGUACUGGGGGAGGUUCUGAUGGGCUGCAGGCCUGAGGGGAGACAGGCAAGGAUGUCUUCUGUCCUUGGGAUCCACGAAAGACAAAAGGUUUUAGACAGGGCCUAGAGUUCCUGGCCAGGGCUGCUCACACCACCCCAAACAGCUGUCUUCGGAGACUUCUCCCUCCAGGUCCCCCGCCUGCCAGUGGGCAAUGGUCCCAGUGCAGUCAGCAUCCUCCCCGUAGGCUCAGUGCCUGCUGCCGCGGCUCUGGCUGCAGCCCCACCUGCUCACCCCCAGCUCCUCCAGCAUCUGAUGUCAACAGCUUCAAGGCAAGACCUCCAGAGGAUCCCAGCUCAGGGGCUCUGAGAGGACGGAGCCCCGCCAGGUGUCCCUCCAAGCAAGUCCACCCCAGGCGCAGAGCCGGGUGGUGGCAGCCUCUGGAGAAAGUCACCUCCCCUGGCAGACACAUGCAUGCCGCAGGUGUAGCAGUCCUCUCCAGUUGGUUUUGGCCUUCGCUGCUCCUUUUAAUGGUUUCUUUUCCGUGCACCUCAGGUGAUCAUGUGUGCAAGCCAGUGCAGCGGCUGCGCUCGUUGCAGGGGCCGCUCCUAAUCAUGGGCUCACCGCGCCUCUUGGGCCUAACUGGCUGCCCUGCUGAGUUCCACUCCACGUGAGACUGGUGUGGGAGAAAGCAGCUUGUAUCUUCCUUAAAAAAAAUCAGUGCUUCACUCUGUCGAUCUAACCAGGAACAACUGUGCCAAUAAAAGGUCUCCCCUCC